AGGUUGCAAUCAAGAUCAUCGAUAAGAGCCAACUAGAUGCCAGCAAUCUGCAGAAAGUGUAUAGGGAAGUCGAUAUAAUGAAAAGAUUGGAUCAUCAACACAUUAUCAAGCUCUACCAGGUGAUGGAAACUAAAAACAUGAUCUACCUGGUGUCCGAAUAUGCUAGUCAGGGAGAAAUUUUCGAUUACAUCGCUAGGUAUGGCCGAAUGACUGAGGAUCACUCUAGAAGUAAAUUCUGGCAAAUUUUGUCAGCUGUAGAAUACUGCCACGAUCGUAAUAUAGUUCAUAGAGAUUUAAAGGCUGAAAAUCUUUUACUAGACUCUAACAAUAAUAUAAAAAUAGCAGAUUUUGGUUUUUCCAAUUACUACACCGUAGGAGGUCAAUUAUCCACCUGGUGCGGCUCUCCUCCAUAUGCUGCACCCGAGGUCUUCGAAGGUAAAAAGUAUGUUGGGCCAGAAAUAGAUAUAUGGAGUUUGGGUGUGGUCCUUUACGUUUUAGUAUGUGGAGCUCUACCCUUUGAUGGCUGUUCUCUUCAGGCACUUCGAGACAGAGUGCUUUCCGGUAGAUUUAGAAUUCCUUAUUUCAUGAGUUCAGACUGCGAAUCUCUCAUAAGAAAAAUGUUAGUAUUAGAACCGAAUAAAAGAUACAGUGUUCAACAAAUCAAAAAACACAGAUGGAUGCAAAUGGGCGUCCCUCCUACUUUACCUCAUACUAUUAGUAGGCCGAAUUCACAACCAAACGAACAGAUCCUAAGGUUGAUGCAAAGUUUGGGCAUCGAUGGAACCAAGACUAGAGAAUCAAUUAGGUUAGGCAGCUACGACCACCACGCAGCAAUCUACUAUCUCCUUUUGGACAAACUACGGAGUCAACUAGUUGGUGGAGAAAAUCAGACAGGUGUGCGCGAAGUCCAACGAAGAAGACCAUCGAACGUAGCUGAACAGGCAAUGCGUAAAAUCUGUCGAGCGAGUACAACUGAAGACUGUCGAAGAUUGCUGCAUAAUUCUGCUACUGCUCCGACAGCCAGCAAUAGCAAGAUUUGUACCAAACCGAACAGGGCAUAUGAUUCUUCUCCUUUACACGGAAUCGAUGCUGCUAAACUUCUAGCUGCGACUAACAGUGAAGAAGCGUUAAAAAUUUUAAACCAAGCUAGUUCGAAGGCUUUUAAUAUUUGCACAGAAGCUACUAAGUUGAUGUCAACUCUACAGAUGUCGGCUGUACCCUCGCAUUCCGUAGAUAACUCCAGUUUUAAGGAAUAUAAUCCUCAGGGACAUGGAAUAUCAUAUUUACAAACUGGAAGCUGUUUACCUUCUUUUGAUAUUCCUGAAACCAGAGGGUCUAUUGGGAGGUUUUCUACAAGUUACAAAAGCGCCGAAAUCCAAACCCAGUAUUCUAGCUCAACCGACGAAGGUGUUGAAACUGAUCUAGAGGAUCACCCUCAACGUUUCAGCUAUGCCUCUUCAAAUUCAUCGAGCGGCAUAAUGACGAACUUUAAUACAUCGAAAAGUUUAAGCCAAAAUUUAAGCUGUGAUAGUAACUUUGAGAGUUUAGAUUACCCGUUAAGCGAGUCCAGUGAACUAGCUAGUAGCCUGCCCAGUUGUACUACCAAUGAAAAAAAGUCCGAGCAAGUACUUACUUCUGCUAGCGCUAUAUCUUCUUUAUCAACUCAUUACACUAUAUCUUCAAGUGGUGUACUUCAAAAAUACAACCCGCUGUCUCAUAUGUCUAGUUUUAAAACUACUAGAGGAAUAACCAGAUCACCGGUGGAUUUUAGAGAAGGAAGGCGAGCUAGCGAUGGAUUAGUGGCGCAACAAGUUGCUGAUUCAAGCAGAGUGGUUGCUUUCAAUUCCCAAAAGUUCACCGAGAAACGUAAAGCUAAAGGUGUGUUAGAUAUGCAUCUUGUUCAACGGGAUACUCAAAGAUUGCAGACCCCUCAAUAUCCAGUGAGAGAUACUCCUGAAGAAGUGACACCCAGACAGAAUCAAUACCUGCAACCUAGACCUAACAAGAGGAUAAGUUUACCCGAUAAUUUCAAUUACACCAACCCCGGGGUCGAAACUGCCGUUCAACUUCAAACUGCAAUGCAACACAGGUUAUUACAACAGAAGAGACAAAUAUUACAAAAACAGUGUGCGAUGUCUCACCAGCCUGCUCCUGUCCCAAACUUAGAAACCCCUCAUGCUCUGGCAAGACGACAAAUGCUCCGACAAGCGAGUUACAAAAUAGCUCAACAACAGCCGGUGUUACCUCCCCUUCCUCUGUCAGAAAGUGAAAGUAAAGAUUUGAUGGCAUUCCAGGCUCUAGUAGAAGGAUCAGGCGAAUCAUGGAAUGUUGUAAAUUGCCAAAUCGCUGAACCAGUCUCACUGCCUACGCCGUCUUGGCAAAAUACGAGUGCUCCUUGGAAUCAGGGAUCCCAAUUUACUUCAAAUCAUUCAGCUGUUUGGCCACCAUUACUGCCACUACGCGAAAGCCCAGUAUUAGAAUUAACAGAACAAAUGGAAUCGAUGUAAAAUUAUGUAUACUAAAAUUGUUUUCACUUGUGAAAACUAUUAUACAGAAAAUAUCAGCCGUAGUUUGAAUAUUACGAAUACUAAAAAUUAUAUAAAAAUUUGAUUUUAUUUAAUGAUAAACCAAAAAAAUGACAAUAUCAAUGGAUGGAUACACCUACAUCUUUCAAAUAUAGGAAUUGUAUUUUUAAUGAAUAAAAUUAAAUUAAAUUUGACAAAUAAGUUAAAAUAAUAAAUUUAAAUAUUUGUUGCUUAGGGAUAUACUCAGUAUAGACGACCUCUAAUAUACAGGAUCUCAUUAAGAAUGGGACACAGAAUAACUGAAGAUUUUCCGAUUAUAAAUAAAAUGGUUAAACGAAACAUACUUAGAUAAAAUAUUACUGGUUUCCGAAAUACAGGGUGUUAAAGGUGAAAAUUUAAAAAUUAAUAAUAGAUGUAAUUUUUUUUUUUUUUUGAAUAAGGAUAAUUACCUGACAGUAGUAGAAUUUUGUAUAAAUAAAAAGUUCACUGGUUUUUAUUCGGUCAAUAAUUUUUAUUUAUUUUUUUAUAAAAUGUAAGCAUGCUCUACAUAUGUUCUAGAACACUGUUCCAUCAUCUGGUGCCAGUCAAUAUUUAAGAAAAUAUGGGGACGAUUACAAACAUUUUAAAAUUUUAUUAAAUAUUGAUUGACACCAGAAGAUGGAACAGUGUUUCCGAAACAUAUGUAGUGCUUGUGCUUAAAUUGACCAGUGAACUUUUUAUUUAUAUAUUUUUUUUAUUUCUCAGUAUAAUUUUACUUAAUUCGAUAAAUAUUUUUGGUGUCAUAAAAUACACCUAUCAACAAACUACUAAAUUAAAUAAACUUCGCUAGUGGCGUAUGUCAUGAAUAAGUAACACUCCCCUCUCUAAAUUUUACUCCACUGUCCUAUAUCUUUACAUUUUUUGAUGGUUUUUAAAUAAUUCAUAUACUCUUGUUGAUUCGUUUUUGAGAUAAUCACAUUCAAAGGUUGAUACUCUUAAUUUUAAUUUAUUUGUACAUAAUUUUAUACUUUUGUAAUUUUGUAAUAAUUUUUUUUUUUAAUUCCAGACACAAGUGCAUGAUUUAUCUAAAAAAACAUCAAAAAAUUAAAAAAUAUAGUACAAAUAAUUUAAAAGGGGUGAAGGUGUUAUUUACCCAUGUCGUACACCACUGGCCAAGUUUAAUUAACUGGUAUUUUUGCUGAUAGGUAUAUCUUAUAAUACUAAAAACGUUUGUUCGGUAUAAUUUUAUAAAAAAAAUCCAAAAUUAAAACUUCAAAUGGUGAAUAUCCACCUUUGAUUGUGAAUAUCUUUAAAAACCAAUCACUUCUUGAGUUCCAAACAAGAAUAUAUUAAUUAUUUAAAAAACAUUAAAAAAUUUAAAAGUAUAGUCCAAAUAAGUUUUUGGAAAGUGGCGUAAAAUUUAGAGGGGCUGGUUUUACUGAUCCAUGCCGUACGCCACUGCCAAACUUUAGAGAAGCAUUCGUUAUUCAACGGUGGUAUGUCUUUUGAGUUGUUCGAUACAGUUAGUUGUAUUAAACUAGUUAUUUGGCAAAUUAGCUGUGCUAAUAAAAUUUUCAUUUGGGAUUUAAAAUCGGUUGUUUUAUUGUUUUAAAUGAAAUUAUUAAAUUGUUUCUUAGAGUAAAUUAUAUAGUGCGUUCAUAUCAUAUCUUACGAGGAAAUUACCCAGCUGACAAUAAAACUGCUUACUAGAAGAAGACGGCCAAGACUCAUGUUUUCUUUUAAAAUAUUAUUUAAUUAUCUGUUCUAACGUUGUUGAAUAAAGUUGUCAUAAAAAGUAGUAAAUUUGUUUUUUAAAAAUCGAUUUUUUUGAAUUAUUAUAUUUAAUUGACGCAGUCAGUAGGAUACGCGCAGGUUUUCGGAAAAAUAUCGUUUCGCUACAGAAUUCGAAUCCACGAAAAAUAUCUUUAAGUACCUUUCCUUUUUACCUUUCCAAACCCUUCUAUAUAAGAAUGUUCCCAAAGAUAGUUAAUUGAUACAUUCUUUUAAUUAGGAUGGAUCAUGCAUCCCAAACAUAAAUUAUAAGAUAUACAUUUUUGAGUGACAAUGAAAAGCGAAU